CAAAUCUCUUCGUUUCAUGACGUUUGUUGAACUACUUUCUUACAUUAUUUUUGCUAAAGCGAGAAAUUGCCCUGUCUAUCAGGUAACUUUGGAAACAGAUGAAGAUUUGGUUACGGAGAUGAAAGUGAAGUACUUCGAUACUGUACCCGCUGCAAAUGCUAUGUGCAUUCUGAAGAACGCUUAUUUGUUGCAAGUGAAUUUGGAGAUUAGUGGGUUUCAGCUCCAUUUCUGUAAUUGCUUUAAAUUUUUUGGAAUGGGUUUGAAUGGGUCUGUUAUCUAAUU